CACAAUUACAGCUUCCUUUCCAUUUAACCAGAAUGAUAAUUAUGAAAUGUUUUAUAAUAAAGUAGUUCAUACUUCCAUUUGUCAGAUUCCUGACAGCAGUUGUUGUAAAUUUAAUUUAUUGCCCUACAAGGCCUCGUCUCUUCCCUAUUCACGUGCACAUUCAAUUUUACAAAUGCAAUUUAACGAUUUCCCAGAUUUGUGACCCCUUUAGCUGAAAGAUAUUUUUAUUCGCGCACAAACCGAUAUUUGGUAAUCAUUACAUUCUCGUGUAGCAAAAUAUUAAAUCAAGGUCACCUUAAUAUGGAUUAACAUCAGAAAUACAGCUAUUUUUAAGCAGAUUGUGUGCUGGGACAUAUUAAUUGCUUCUUUUUACAUGAUCCUAGAAGUACCAUCAAUAAACAAUCAUGUUUGAUUUGAAAUGAGCGGGGGAGGGGUGAGAGGACAUUUUUGAAAAAUCACCAGUACACACCUUUUUUAUUGAGCUACGUUUUAUCCAGAAAUAUCUCGGCCGCACUCACUUUUAACUCGUAAUACACAGGCACGCCUGCAUUGCGGAUAUAGAUAUACCAAAACAAUGCAUAUUCACGUCUGGCGAGAGGCCGCGAAACCAUUUUGGCAGUAGCCAUGAACGUUGAAACGGCAACUUCAGAUAACGAAGUUUAACCCUUUACACAACAGAUAAGGACCAUACGCCUACGAUAUACUGUCAGUUAACAUAUUAGAGACGAUUUGCUGAGGUUUCCACGGUUUUUCACUCAUUUAUCGCUUUAAUUUUACACGAAAUAAACACGACAUAUUUCCACUUUCAAACACAAUCUAGUAACAUUUGGUUUUAAAGGGUUGGUGACAGCAAAUGUCAUAAGUGUCAGGUUAACACAUGCGCAACUGUGAAGUUGCUUUUCGUCAUCAAAAUGGCGCUGAAUUUACAUGUCAAGAUCCAUCCCGUAGUUUUAUUCCAAAUUGUAGAUGCAUAUGAACGAAGAAAUGCAGAUUCUUACAGAGUUAUCGGAACUUUACUUGGUAGCUCAGAUAAAGGCAUAGUCGAGGUGACGAAUUGCUUUUGUGUUCCCCAUAAAGAAUAUGAUGAUCAAGUGGAGGCAGAACUGUCUUAUGCAAUGGAUGUCUAUGACUUGAACCGAAGGGUCAACUCAAAUGAAGCCAUUGUUGGAUGGUGGGCAACGGGUCAUGAAGUGACGAAUCAUAGCGCUGUCAUCCAUGAAUACUACUCCAGAGAAUGCAACAACCCAGUGCAUGUCACUGUUGACACCAGUCUGCAAAAUGGGCGCAUGGGAUUGAAAGCUUAUGUUUGUGUUCCUCUUGGAGUUCCCAAUGGCAAACCAGGAUGCAUGUUUACCUCUAUCCCCAUCGACAUUACCUGUUAUGAUCCUGAAGUGUUUGGGCUGCACUUAUGUGAGAAGACAAUGACUGUUGGUCGCCUCAGGACUGUCAGUCCUAUGCAAGAUCUAAACCAGGUAGCUGAAGCAGGAACCAAGAUGACCAUAUUGUUGGAUCAAGUAUUAGCAUAUGUGGAGGAUGUUCUGGCUAACAGAGUGGCACCAAACAAUGCAGUUGGCCGGUCCUUGUUAGAUUUGGUGAAUUCUGUGCCACACAUGACAAAUGAGCAGUUCUCAGAAAUGUUCAACAGCAAUGUCAAGGAUUUGCUUAUGGUUGUUACUUUAUCACAGUUGAUAAAAACACAACUACAAUUCAAUGAAAAACUUACAUUGUUAACAUCUAUAUAAUAAAUAAAAUAUUUGAAUGUUG